AUGUUUUUUUUUGAUAGACGUGAGGACAUUCUUACUGGAGUCUACGAAAUGAAAUAUUCAGCUCCAUCAAAGAUUCAAGAGCGUGCCCUCCCUUUGCUACUAGAAGAUCCCCCUAGAAAUAUGAUCGGACAGUCUCAGAGUGGAACAGGUAAGACGGCUGCAUUUGUCUUGACUAUCCUACAACGUGUUGAUCCUUCCCUUCCAGUUACUCAAGCAAUAUGCUUGGCACCAACUCGUGAAUUAGCUCGUCAGAUUAUAGAUGUUGUCGGAACCAUGUCAAAAUUCACAUCUAUAACCUCUACCUGCGUCAUCAAAAACUUUGACUUUAAAGAAAAGAUCUCGAGCCAUGUUGUGGUUGGUACACCUGGCUCAAUACUGUAUGCAAUCCGCUCCAGACAUCUUGACACCAGAAACAUCAAAGUGUUUGUACUUGAUGAAGCAGAUAACAUGCUUGAACAAAAUGGUCUAGGCGACCAAAGUCUGCGUAUCAAAAGAGCUAUUGUCAAGAACCCACAGAUAAUCUUGUUUUCUGCCACAUAUGCUACACGUGUUGAGAAAUUCGCAAGCCAGUUUGCACCAGACGCUGUCAAACUGACCCUAAAGAAGUCCGAAUUGACUGUCGAAGGAAUCAAACAGUUUUACAUGGAUUGCCCAAGCGCAAAUUCAAAAUAUGAUGCGUUGUGUAACUUUUAUGAUCUAUUGACAGUGAGCCAGAGUAUAAUCUUCUGCAAGGCAAAUGAAAUUGCCAGGCGCAUGACAGAGAAUGGUCAUACUGUUGUUUCUCUUCAUGGUGGAAUGUGCUCAGAGGAGCGCGACCUGAUUAUGGAUGGAUUCAGAUAUGGUGAAUUCAAAGUGCUGAUUACUACAAACGUUUUGUCACGCGGAAUCGAUAUACUCCAAGUGAGUCUUGUGAUUAAUUACGAUAUGCCAGAGCUGCCAGAGGGUGGCGUGGAUGUGGAAGCCUAUUUGCAUCGCGUAGGAAGAACUGGUCGGUUUGGGCGCACAGGAGUCAGCCUUAACUUUGUUCAUGAUAAAGACAGCUGGGAUAAGAUGAACUUUGUGGAAAAAUACUUUAACCGUCCUAUUCACCGUCUCAGUAUCGACGAUCUUCAAGAAACUGAACGCAUCAUCAAGUCUAUGAUUUAA